UCAGACAAAGUCACAGUCACACGGUGAGUAUCGUCCAGAAUCCACUGCUGUUUCUAGAGGCUUUGGACACUAAGGUUGUGUCCUAAAACCUGAAAAAUGACAUCCAGGAGACGGACUGACCAUCUAGAGAGAACUGCUAGUGUUCAUCGACAAAUGGAACUUUUCUCUGCACGUGUUUGUGACAUUAUUAGUGAAUCUGAUACUGUAAAGAGACUAAGACUGGAAGUGGCUCAUCCUGACUUCAGCUUCCGUGCUGGACAGUGGGUGGAUUUCUUCAUCCCAGGUGUGGAUACUGUGGGCGGUUUCUCCAUUUGCUCAAGUCCAGGUCUGCUGAAGAGAGAAGGAGUGAUUGAACUGGCUGUAAAAUAUGCGCGCCAUCCUCCAGCACACUGGAUUCACACCGAAUGCUCUGUGGACUCUCAGGUAGCCGUGAGGGUGGGGGGUAAUUUCUACUUUGACCCUCAGCCUUCUAACCCUGUGGUGGACCUGUUGCUGGUGGCUGGAGGUGUUGGAAUUAACCCUCUAUACUCCAUCCUGCUACAUGCAGCUGAUCUGCACAGACACACUCACAGUCACAGAUACACACCAGGACACACACACCUGUGUUACAGCGCCAAGAACACUACAGAGCUGCUCUUCAAGGACACCAUUAUUGACAUUUGUCACGAGCGACCAGAUAAAUUCUCCUGCCAUUUCCAUGUUACCCAGCAGAGCUCCGACAUAGAGCCACAACUUCAGCCUUACACUAUACGUGGAAGGAUAUCAGCAGAAGAGCUUCAGCGUUAUGUAGACCCUGAGCGAACGCUGUGUUAUCUUUGUGGUCCUCCUCCUAUGAUAGAGAAAGUGAGUUCAGAUCUGCAGAGCACCGGCCUUCCAGAGGAUAGAAUCCUGUUUGAGAAAUGGUGGUAGUUUUACAGCUCCCCCAAGACCUCAGGCUUCAGAAGUGGAUGUAUCUGUCUCUUUGUCACCGUAGACACUCACUGUUGUGGCAAUUUGGACCAGUAAUGCACUCGAGUUUUAACGCACAACAGACACCAUGUCUGCAGUUCUUCUAGACUUGAUAUAUACUAAUGUUCAAAAGUUUGAGUUUGGCAUGAUUAUAUUUGUUUUUGAAAGGGCUUUUAUGCACACAGCAGUUACAUUGCUUUUAUUACACACGUAUGCAAUGCUGUGUAUUAUUCAAGGUGCAAUCUGAAACGAAAUAACUGGUUUCUAUUGAAAUAUAUUUAAAAGUGUCAUUUAUUCCUGUGAUGGCAAAGCUGAAUUUUCAGCAUUAUUACUUCAGACUUCAGCAUCACAGGAUCUUUUAAUAUACACUACCUGACAAAAGCCUUCUUGUCACCUAUGCACGUUUUAGGAUAAACAUAUAAUAACUUGACUUAUAGUUGAUCAUUUGGUAUCAAAAGUGGCUUAUAUGAAAGGCAAAGUGGCAAGGCAAAGGCGUCUAGAUUACACUUAUUUUACCAAAGUAAAAUAUGAUCAUGCCUUGAUUUUUAAUUAUUUAAUUAGGACUUUGCUUACACAAAAGUCUUGUGACUUAACAUAAAUAAUGUACAGUAUAGAAGAUAAAGUCAUGGUGCAGUGAAACAAGAAUUAAUAUUAUGUAUGACUCCUAUGAGCUUGGAGGACUGCAUUCAUACAUCUCUGCAAUGAUUCAAAUACAGUAACUCAUUAUUAAAGUCAUCUGGAAUGGCAAAGGAAGCAUUCUUGCAGGACUCCCUGACUUCAUCAAGAUUCUGUGGAUUUAUCUUCAACGCCUCCUCCUCCUCCAUCUUACCCCAGACAUGUUCAAUAAUGUUCAUGUCUGGUGACUGGGCUGGCCAAUCCAUGAGCACCUUGACCUUCUUAGCUUUCAGGAAUUUUGAUGUGGAAGCUGCAGUAUGAGAAGUAGCGCUAUCCUGCUGAAGAAUUUGUCCUCUCAUGUAGUUUGUAAUGUAAUGGGCAGCACAAAUGUCUUGAUACCUCAGGUGGUUGAUGUUGCCAUCAACUCUACAGAUCUUUCACAUGACCCCAUACUAAAUGUAACCCCAAACCAUGAUUUUUACUUCACCAAACUUGACUGAUUUCUGUGAGAAUCUUGGGUCCAUGUGGGUUCAAAUAAGUCUUCUGCAGUAUUUGUGAUGAUUGGACUGCAGUUCAACAGAUUCAUCAGAAAAAUCUAACUUCUGCCACUUUUCCAAAUGAUCAACGAAGUUAUUAUUUGUUGCUUUUUCAACUGGGAUCGAUGAUGUGUCUUUUGUCAGAUAGUGUAUACUAUAAUAUGCUGACCUGAUGCUUACUAUAAUUAUGUUGAAAAUGCAAUUUUUUAAUAUUUUCUGAUUUUUUUAAUUAGUCAAAAGUUAAAAAUGUGUCCUUGUUAAAUAUAAGUAUUAAUGUUAAUGAUAUUCACCCAAAAA